GCAGGAAACAGAAAGUAAACCAGGGUGAAUUCUUCUCUUUGCAGCCUGACUUUAAACUGCACGCGUUUAUGCUGUAGAUCUCCUAUAACAACUAAGCUCCUUGUUUUGUUUUCUAGUUUAGUUUUUAGGUUGUUGUAAGGGUGGUUACACGGCUGUAAACACUUCUGUCUUGCAGACCAGACAACCAUUAAAGGAGAAAUGGCAUCCAGUGGAAGUCUAAUAACGGAGGAACAUUUACUUUGUCCGAUCUGUCUCGACGUCUUCAGUAAACCAGUUUCAACACCAUGUGGACACAACUUCUGUAUGUCGUGUAUAACGGUCUACUGGGACACCACACCCGCCUGCCUCUGUCCCGUUUGCAAGGAAGAAUUUCCGAGCAGGCCAAACCUCAAGGUCAAUACCUUCAUUGCCGAACUGUUAUUACAGUUUAAGUGCCUUCGUGUGACAAACACUCCCACCCAGAGUUCAUCCGGUCAGCAGCCGGUCAGCCCUGGCAGUGAGGUGAAGUGUGACAUCUGUAGCAACCCUGCUGUGAAAUCUUGUCUGGACUGUGUCGCUUCAUUCUGCGACGGUCACCUAGAGUCGCAUUGUAUAGCUUCUGAUUUGAAGAGACACACGUUGGUUAAUCCUUUGGUGGGUCUGGGGGACAAAGUCUGCAGGGAUCAUCACAGGCUGAUGUUGCUGUUCUGCAGAAAUGACAACUUGGUGCUUUGUGACCUUUGCGUCGGUUUGCACCAUGCAAGCCACGACGUGGUUUCUGUGCAGAGGGGAUAUGACGAUAUGACGCAUCAGCUGGGAAAAACUGAGGCCAAAGUGCGGCGAAUGAUUCAAGAAAGGACCCAGAAGGUCCAAAGCAUGACAGAGUCACUAACAAAAAGCAAGACGGAGACAGAAGGGAUGAUAAAAGACGGCACACGCUAUGUGAGCGAGUUGGUAUCUGAGAUUAAGAAGACCCAGGAGGAACUCGUCAAGGUGGCAGAGGAGAAGCAGAAAACGGUGGAGGAGCAAGCUAAAGGGUUGAUUACAGACAUGGAGAAGGAGAUUUCCAGCUUGAAGGUGACUGCAAAGAAGCUGGGGGAUCUAAAGGACAUUGAAGAUCAGGUGUGUUUUCUCAAGAGCUACCCGAACCAGUCCCUCCUGCCUCCCACCAUGGACCUGUCCACAUACAGCUUCAACAGACACCUGGCGGUGCAGCACAUGCAUAAAGCAGUUAGAAACUCGAUAUCAGACUUCCGGGCGCUUCUGGAUAAGCUGAAGGAGGAAAUUGACACAUUCUCAAACAGCACAGAUGCUUCAAACGAGGCGGCGCUCAAGUACAUGCAGCAGUUUGAGGUGAACAUCGUCCUGGAUCAUGACACGGCUCACCCCAUGCUCAGCUUAUCAUUCGACGGGAAGCAAGUUUGGUACAACAUGGGCACCAAUCUGUGGGGGACCCAGAUCCAGAAACCCAACAUGUUCACUCAGCAUCUAGCUGUUGUGGGACAGAGAGGCUUCUCUUCCUGCAGGUUUUACUUUGAGGUUUACGUCGGCCAGAAGACGGAAUGGUGUCUGGGCGUGUCAACGGCAUCGCUCCAAAAGAGCGGGGCUAUAGUUCGAAGUCCUAGCUGCGGACUCUGGGCCAUCUGGUUCCUGUUGGACAAGUUUGAAACUUUCACCUGCCCAGGCGUUCCGGUUUACGCGGGGAAAGUGGAGCGUGUAGGGGUUUUUGUUGACUAUGAUGGAGGUCAGGUGUCAUUCUUUGAUGUCGUGAGAGCAGCUCCCAUUUACUCUUUUAAUGGGUGUUUAUUUACAGAGGAGCUGUAUCCGUACUUUAAUCCCUGUGAUAAUGAGUAUGGUUCAAAUCUGGAUCCAAUGUUAAUUGUUCCCGUUUCCAGACAGAAUGAGCAAAGUAUUUAGACAUCAGUUAUUUGGCUUACUGUAGUGUGGGAAUCAAUGACGGCAACAAAACUGCAUUUAAAAGAGCAUAUAAAGAAUAUUCCUAAAUGCAAAGUUCCUCCUUUUUUUAAUUAUUAAUUCUCUUCUCUUUUAAUUCAAAAUUUCUUUCAUUUUUAAGCAAAAGGGGUUUUAAGAGUCAGCAAAAAAAUAUAAAGUAAAA